GGUUUCUCAUUCUGUCAUUUCGUCGCCCGUCGGCCGCCGCGCGCCUCUCAGGCGAUGCGUAACUUGCUGUGAUGGUUUUAUUUAACAGUUUUAUAUAUUUCUCAAUUUUAUGAUAUUCACAUCUUGUAAUAAACCUUGUAGUGUAAUUUAGUUUCAUUUAUAUUUAUUCCUUUAAUUAAAAUGGCGAAAGAAACCCAGAAAAUUAUGUACAAGCUGGUACUGACUGGAGGGCCUUGCGGCGGAAAAACCACUGGACAAUCUCGACUUAGUACGUUCUUCGAAAACUUGGGAUGGAAGGUGUUCCGGGUGCCGGAAACGGCUACCGUCCUCUUAAGUGGAGGUGUAAAGUUCGCAGACCUGAGCCCUGAAGAAGCUACAAAGUUCCAAGAGAAUCUACUCAAGACCAUGAUUCAGAUUGAGAACACGUUCUUCGAGCUGGGGCGGACUUGUCAAAGGAAUUGCCUGAUUAUAUGCGACCGAGGGGCCAUGGACGCUAGUGCAUUUAUAUCGAAGGAGAAAUGGGAGGCGAUGAUGAGCGCAAACAACUGGAACAGUGUGGAGUUGCGGGACAACAGGUACAACCACAUCGUGCACAUGGUCUCCGCUGCCAACGGGGCCGAGGACUUCUAUUCUACCGAGGACCACGCGUGCCGAUCGGAAGGCGUCGAACUCGCGAGAGAGCUGGACUACAACGCCGCGGCCGCUUGGAUCGGCCACCCGUACUUCGACGUCAUAGACAACUCCACAGACUUCGACAAAAAGAUGAACCGCCUCCUCGCCUGCGUGUGCCACAGAAUCGGCAUAGACACUGGCGACCGGCUCAACGUCAACUCGAAGAAGCGCAAGUUCCUCGUCAAACCCCCGAUGGUCUCCGACACGGAGUUCCCCCCGUUCCAAGACUUCGACGUUGUACACAACUACUUGCAGAGCGACUUCCGCAAAGCGCAAGUCCGGUUGAGGAAGCGGGGUCAGAAGGGCCACUGGUCGUACAUCCACACGGUGAGGAAGUUCCACCCCACAGGGCAGUCGGUGGAAGUGCGUACGCAGUUGACGCACCGCGACUACCUCAACAUGCUGCCGCAGCGGGACGACGCGCACUUCACGAUAUUCAAGAAGCGGCGCUGCUUCAUUUACAACAACCAGUACUAUCAGUUGGACAUUUACAGGCAACCCACGCAUCCCAGGUGUCGUGGUCUAAUCCUACUAGAGACGUACAGCGCUCACGACCAAGACGCGCUACUUGCCACUCUGCCAAAGUUCCUCAUCAUAGAGAAGGAGGUGACGGGAGACCCUGCCUACUCCAUGUACAAUCUGUCCUUAAAAGAAGACUGGAAGACGUCCAACAAGUAUUAUGCCGGCUCUGAGGAUUGGCAACUGAAACGCUUUAUGAAUGGCCACAGUGCAGACAAAGCCAACGGCCAUGCUAGUAAAAUGAACGGACACGUUGAGAAACUGAACGGGCAUGACGCUUACAGAACGAAUGGACAGGCCGCAGGCAAGCAUAACGGACACGCCUGCAGCAAGGUCAAUGGCCACGCCGGAGAGGUCACUGGCCACGCAGGAGACAAGGUCAAUGGCCACGCAGGAGACAAAGUCAAUGGCCACGCAGGAGACAAGGACAAUGGCCACGCAGGAGACAAGGUCAAUGGCCACGCAGGAGACAAGGUCAAUGGCCACGCAGGAGACAAGGUCAAUUGUCACACAGGAGACAAAGUCAAUGGUUACAGCAAAAUUGAUAGACUUCACCAAUCGAAUGGACACGAAUCACUUAAUGGCGAUGUACAUGUCACCGAAAUAAGUAAUUGCAAGAACACGAAUGGUGUACCACCGAAGAUUCCCAAAAAAGAUGCUGUAAAAGUAUAAUUUUUCAAACAUCGCGACAUUUAUAUUUAAGGAAAUUAUUAUGAAAUUCCAUUUUGUAACAUUUCAAUAUACACCAAAUCUUAAAUUAUAUUAUAUCUGUAGUCUAAGAUGUACUUAAUGAAAUCAAAACAAUAUGAUAUCGCAAGUUCACUUUUGAUCUUUAUGUAAAUUCCUACAUAAUAUUAUUAUGUAUUAUUUAUAUGCCAAAUAAAGCAACUAUUUUUAUAGUAUUUCUUAACUAAGUACUAAAUAUUUUUCAUAUUGAUAAAGCGUCAAUAAAACGUUGCCCAAGUAAUGAAAUGUUUCAUUAUGUAAAGGGAAAAUUAAUAAAUAAUUUAAUAUUGUUUGUGCCUUUUUACAUGAUCAUACAGUAUUGUCUUUAAAUACAUUUUCAUGACUUGUAGUACUUAAUCAAUGCUGUGAAAUACAUUAGGUAUUGUUGCAGUGAUACUAGUUUUAAUUAAUGUAAAUUAAAUACUACAUUUCGAUGUUUUUAAUGGGUUUGUGUUAUUGGAUUUCUGAGACCAACUCAAAGUCCAUUAAUGCAAACCCCUUUAUGCAAUAAAUAUUUCAAUAUUUUUAUUCUCACAUGAAAUUUUAUAUUUCUCAGUGUUGUGUUCUAUGAUCUAUCUGUUAUAUCGGUUAAGUCCGCAAUGCGAAAAUUCGCUGCACAAUAUUUCUAGCAGAAAUCUGUGACAUGGAAAUUGUUCACAAGCUUUAUUUUAUUUUAUUUAAUAGGAAGCCAACGGUAUACAAGAACGGUAAGAAAAGUAAUUAUGACGACUUAUAUAAACUUAGGACUAUCAAUGUAUACUCACUUACAGGCUAACUCAACAUGCUUAAUCUAAAAACUUCUAAAUAGUAAAACUUAACCUAAGACUUAAGCUUUUUCGCAAGUGCACAAUUUCCAUGUCACAUUUUAUACAAUUUCCAUGUGUCGGAAAAUUGCGCUGUGAAUUUUUGUACUACAGGUGGUACUCUUACUAUGAUCCUAAUCUUUUUGCGAAUUUAAACUUUAAAUGUACAAAAUAUUCAAGCUUUGUGUAAAUUGAUCUUUAAGAAACGAUUUUGUAAAUGGAAAAUUAAAUCUUAUUACAUAAUAUAGCAUCAAGUAGUGGCCUUUGAAAAAAUAUUGUAUCCGUUAGCAAAGCACACAUCCGAUAGCAAAAUAAUAUUACAGUAGUAAUGCCCAACUAUUUAUUAUUUUUGAGUUUUAAACUGUUAGUACCUUAUGUAUGACUGAAAAUCUUGAAAUGUAAUUUAUGAAAGUAUUUGUCAUCUCUAGUUUUAUGUAUGUUUGGAACAGAGGGUACCUAUGAUGGAGUUUAGCUUCAAAAUAUACCUUUAGAAGAGUAGCAGCAUUGUUGAAUGGCUGUGCUAUAGUUAAUGUUAUAAGAGCUAUCUCAGCACUUAUAUUCGGUAAAAUCUGAGAUCUCUGCUUAGAAAAAUUAUGGCAACAUCAUGCCAUCUGUAUAGGGUUGCACUUCAAACGAAAUUUAGCUCUAAAUGUAUUUUGGUUUACUUAGUAAUAAUAAGAAACAUUUAGAAAAAAAACCUGCAUAAAAUGUUAAACAUUUUCGAACAAAAAUCUCAAAAUUGCAUGUUUUACCACCUAGCACUAGUUCCUUGAAUAAAGACAAAAGGGCGCCUGAA